GCCGGGACGAUUCGCUCGGCAUUCUGGGAGUUGUAGUGUCCAGCUCCAGCGUGCUCUGUGCCCACCCGAGAUGUGCGCAGGAACGGGGUGACGACUGGCUUGACUGACAUCUGAUUGGCUGUCUGGAAAAAAUGAAAAGUCCUUGCGGUCCGGGGCGGAGACCUACGAGAAGAUGGGGCGGGCCCCCGUGUGGGAGGAGGCGGGGCCUGUGGGCUUUGGGCGCGAGCUGUUGAAAGGCAGUUGGUGUGUGCGUUCGGUUGCUUGGUCUGUCGGGCGUCCCCCGGCCCGGCCCCAUGGCUGACCCUGAGGAGUUUCGGGCUUCGCCGCCGCCGCCGCCUCCCUCGUCUCCGUCUUCGGGCGCCUCUUCAUCGUCCCUCAGCAUGCCAGUGAGUUUGGGCUGGCGGAGUCCGAGCCGAAGCCACGACCCAACAACGGUGGACCCCCUGGAGCAAGUGGAGCUGCAGAUCGGAGACGCGGCAUUUUCAUUAACUAAACUUCUGGAAGCCACGUCUGCUGUAUCAGCUCAGGUGGAAGAGCUUGCCCUGAAAUGUACGGAAAAUGCACGGUUCCUUAAAACGUGGCGGGACCUCCUGAAAGAAGGCUAUGAUUCCUUGAAACCCGACAACUGACUUGCAGAUGUGGUCGGUUAAUGACUCACACAUGAGAUAUUUGCACGUGGGCCGCAUUUAUGGGGCUGCCUGUCUCCAGACAUUUAUACUGAGAAUGAAAUUUUUCUGGUAUUCUUGACUUUUGAGAAAGCAGAAUACUGAAGGGUUUUUGUUUGUUUAAUUGCUCUGUUACCACAGUGUUUACCUUGAGUACUUUCUGCCCUCUAAACUUUUGUAGACUCCUUUAUGAAAGCUAAUUCCAUCAGUCAGUAAUUGAUUAUAGUAGUGCCUCAGUGCAACCAGAUCAUUAUUUGUUUUUCAAGAAGAUGCCACAAGUGCUGAGUUCGGAGUUGAGCUUGGUUCAUCCCCUAGGGCCCUUGAUGGAGACUUCAGGUGGUGGAUCCAACUCCACAGGACACCUGCUCUGAAACCAGUGAUGGCACUCUAUUUACUUCUUAGCUCAGUCCCCGAAGCCAUAUCACACAAGGCUCAGUGCCUGUGGAUAAGACUUGAUGAGCGUAAUGAGAAGCUACCUUUGCUUCCUGUUUUCUAGGAUGAAGACUAAUUGUUUCU